AUGAAAGGAGUGGGACAAAAGUUUGCUCAAGGAGUUGUUGAAUUUCGAGAUGCGUUGUUAAAGUAUUCUAUUCAUUCCGGUUUUAAUUUUGAUUUUGUUAAGAAUGUUAAGGAUCGUGUCACUGUUCAUUGUAAGAGACGGACUGAUUUGGGAUGUUUAUGGAGCGUGCAUGCUAGAGUGCAAAAUUAUAGUAAAGCUUUUGUUAUUAAACAAUUUGAUGAUGUUCAUACUUGUGGAUCUUCUUUUCGUACAACUAAACAUGCUAGGAUGACUUCAUAUAUGAUUGGUGGGUUAAUUUCAAGUGAUAUUCGUAAUAAGGCUUUGACAUCGGUUAGUGAGGUAGUUUGUGAUUUCAAGGACUAUUAUGGAACAGAAGUUUCUUAUCGGCGAGCUUGGAUGGGUGUUGAAAAAGUAAGGGGUCUUGUUUUUGGUGACUAUUCAUCAUCAUUUGACGAUCUUCGUUGGUAUGUUGAUGCCGCUAAUGCUUGCAAUCCGGGGAGUGUUUUUGAUAUGGAAUUUGAUAUUGAUAGUAAAGGAAGACAUUUCAAAUGCUUUUUUUUCGCUUUUGAGGCAUGUAUUCAUGGUUACAAGUAUUGUAGGCCCGUGUUGAUGCUUGAUGAAACUUUCUUGAAAAGAAGACACAAAAGUUGUUUAUUGGCUGCUAUGGCAAAAGAUGGUUUAUAUCCGUCAUGUUUUGCUAUUGUUGAUAGUGAAAAUUAUGACAGUUGGCAUUGGUUCUUGUCAAAGUUAUUUGUUAUUUUGACUCCGGGGAGGGAUAUUGCGUUUGAUAUUGGUCGCUAUGGAGUGAAGAGUCGUGAAUCUAAAGAGUAUUUGCUUACUCUUUUUAGUAGAUGUGCAUAUGCUCCUACUAUUGAGUUAUUUAAUGAGCUAUUUGAAGAAUUUAAGGGUCAUUGUGGUCGUAGUGUUCAGAAGUUUCUUGAGGUUUUCAACUAG